ACCAAUCGGUAACGUUUCCCAAUCCCAAAUGGCUAUGCCUCUCCGUUGCAUCCAGUCGGCGGCCGCCAUCCUCGCGGAGAGCAAGGGCACGCGCCGAUGCUCCACCGCGGUUUCUGCGAGGAGCCCUAAAGGCGACCAAGCCCUCGGCCUCCCGUCUCGCCCCAAGAAGGUGAACCGCGGCUCCUGCAUCCUCCCUCCCCUUCACGCAGCGCCCGAACCCAUCGGUAGCACAUCUGCAAUCAGCCCUGAGAGCCUCACUGGUUCCUUAGAAAGUGUAGAAGUUCUUGAUUUAACUGGAAAAGCGAUUCGCAUAACAGACUUGUGGAGAGAUAGGAAAGCUGUAAUUGCAUUUGCACGUCAUUUUGGAUGUGUUUUUUGUCGUAAACGGGCUGAUCUUCUUGCCUCCAAGAAGGAAUUGAUGGAUUCAGCUGGAGUUGCUCUUGUUUUGGUUGGACCUGGUAGUACUGAACAGGCAAAGGCAUUUGUUGAGCAAACCAAAUUCAAAGGAGAAGUUUAUGCGGAUCCCACCCAUUCAUCGUAUGAUGCACUUAAUUUUGCUUAUGGCGUAUCAACAACUUUUUCUCCAUCUGCUGGUAUGAAAAUCGUACAAUUAUACUUAGAAGGAUAUAGACAGGACUGGGGGCUUUCAUUUAAAAAGGAUACGGUGGCAAGAGGUGGUUGGCAACAAGGAGGCAUAAUUGUAGCAGGUCCCGGAGUGAGCAACAUCUUAUACAUCCACAAGGACAAAGAAGCUGGAGAUGAUCCUGACGUGGAAGAAGUUAUCGAAGCAUGCUGUUCCUAAUAGAUUGUGGGAUAAUUUCCCCUGAUAUCUUUACCGUAAAGAUGAAUAGUUGAAGACAACUGCUCCUGCUGUCCUUAAGGCCAAAAUGAAGAACCGAAACAACUACCGAGUAACAAAAUGCCGAUACUCUUUAUGUAAAGCUCAGAUGUGAAUCUUGGAGAACAAAGUUCCGUUGUGUCCGUGCACCGACAUGAAGGACAAGCAGGAUGAUUUUCUUUUUCUAUUUUUUAUCGUGUAAAAGAAAUCGAAUGCUCCUUCUGUAAUGGAUGUCGAUGUCUUAGGUCGGAUUCAUAUCAGGAUGUAUUUAAAUUACUUAGCUUAUUCCCUUGCCGCUC